AUGGAAGAGAAUUUUGAUGCAAUUCAACCAACUCGUUCAAUUAACAUAGUAUUGAUGGCACUUGGUGUUUGGACAUUUAUUAAUCGAAAAUGGUUUUGGAUUUAUCGUUUAUACACUUACAUUUUACAUUUGAUAGCUUCAUUAUGUUUCGCUAUCAUGAUGAAUAUUAAUUUAGUGAGUGCUGAUAAUUUAAAAGAUUUUCUUGAAUCAAUUUUCAUGACAUUUACAUUGAACGCAAUGAUGGUGAAGAUAAUCAAUGUGGUUUAUUAUGGAAGAAAAGUUGUUAAAUUGAUGGAAAAUUUUCAAGAUGAAAAAUUUAAAUUAGAAAAUGAUAAAGAAUAUAAAAUAAUAAAAGAUAGCCAUAAAAGAUUUAAUCUUUUUAAAAAAUUUUAUAUAUUUUUAUGUUUGAGUGUGAUUUCAACCAGUUACAUUAAUGGUUUUAUAUUACAUAAGAUGCCAUAUGUAUCAUGGUUUCCGUUUGAUUGGCGUAAAAAUGAUACUUACUUUUAUUAUGCUUACAUUUAUGAAGUAAUAUCAAUGACAAUUAAUUGUUUAACAAAUUUAAAUUUAGAUUUAUUUCAAACAUACAUUCUAUUUCAAACCGGUCUCUAUUAUGAAUUAAUUAUAAUGAGAUUAAAGAAUAUUGGUUAUGAACAUGAAGAAUUGGCAAUGAAAAAUUUAAUUAAAACAAUUAAAUCUCAUCAAUUAUUAACAAAAAUCUCGAAAGAUGUUGAAACUAUUGUAUCAGCACCAGUUGCAGUACAAAAUAUAUUGAGUGCUGCAGUUAUAUGCUUAACUGCUUAUGAAUUGGUUACAGUUUCUUUGAAGGACAAUACAUUUGAAUUUAUAUCAUUGUUAUAUUUUUUGGUAACAAUGGCAUUUCAAAUAUUUUUACCAUGCUUUUAUGGUCAUGUUAUAACUGAAAGGAGUGAAUUAUUAUGUGAUGCUAUUUAUUCAUCUAAUUGGGUUGAUGUAUCAGUUAAAAUGAAAAAAUUCAUUUUCAUUUAUAUGGAAAGCUUAAAACGUCCAAUUAUUAUAAAAGCUGGUUCAAUUUUCAAUGUUGAUUUAAGUGUUUUUACAAAGACAAUUAACAAUUCUUACAGUUUAUUUGCUCUUCUAAUGAGUUUGGAGAAAUAA